AUUUCACUUGAGCUCUCCCAGUUUCCGUCUUACAAUAAAAUCAUCAGUCCUCACUAAUUUAGCCUUUUCAUAGGAAUUGAACUGAACUGCUCUAAUUUAACCUUACAAUAAAAUCAUCAGUCCUCACUACCUGGGUUCUACUGUCCUUCGGUCGUGAAGCCUGCAUUGGCUACCACUGCUUUUGGUCGUGGAAGGUUAACAAGAAGCAACCAUGGAUGUUGAUUCACAACCAACUAUGGAGGAAACCAUUUUGGUGGGAGAUGAUCUGAUGAUGGGCCCGCCAUCACCAAUAAUUCCACCAGAAAUUGCUUCUCAUGUGCUUCUCAUGUGCUUGAAGGUGUUGAUUUGCUUGAAGGUCUAUUUCUAUGUCUGCAGGAUCGGGAACUGAGGAAACGACUUCAGGACAGUGAGCAGAAACUGGGGUUGUCGAUGCCUUUAAAUGAUGCAAAGGAAAGAGCUUCUCAGCUUGAAACAGAGGUCACAUCAUUAGAUAGGAAGCGGUGUAAUGUUUGAUGGUCUAUUGAGGGGCAGUAGACACAUUAGUGCCACCCAAUAAUGUCUUUCUUAGGAGACAGUGAUCAUCUCUUGCUGAGAAAGAAGUGAUGGCAUUAGUUGGAAAGGAAAAACAUAAGGAAGGGACCCAUGCCGAAAAGGAACAACAGAAGAAAACUCCAGAGGUACAUUCUAUAGUGAAGAACGUGAAGACAUACCAGAGGGCUGCCAAGAAGGCUAGAGAGGAGAAGUGGGAGUACGAUACUCCGGAAGAGGCAAAAAUGAUAAAACGAGCUGCACCUAAGAAAGUAGGAAUCAUGCUGCAAGCCCAGGGAAAAUUUCACAACAAGAUUAAGCUUAAGGGGGUCAAAUGCGAUAAACAAACAUGGAAAACACUGGACCCAGCAGUGGCAAGGUAUUAUCGAGACUUCUUCAACGUUGCUUUGAAAGACACGACCGAGUACUGGAUCAGCAGUGAUCUUCUACGCCGGAUCACCAAGCACGACUUAAGAGUAAUAAUCCAAGAGGGGGACAUCGAAACUGACGUGAUCAGCGUUUAUAUUGACUUGCUGAAGUCUGAUGCAGAAAAGAAUAAUGCGCAAGUGAGAUUCCUCGCAGUAGACGCAGGGGUAAGUAGCCUAAACCAAAUGCAAUGAGUUAUGUGUUUAUUGGAAAGCAACACUGU